AUGGACCCUAUAGAAGAACAGGAACAGGAACUCGAAGUUCUUGAGUCGAUUUAUCCAGACGAGUUACACAAGAUCUCCAACACCCAAUUUCACAUCAUUCUAUUACUCGACACCGACAGUGAUAGAAAGCACAGGUUAAAAUUAGAGGUUAAGUACCCUAAACAAUAUCCAGAAGAAUUGCCAGAUCUCGGAGUGACAAUACCAUCACCUGAAGAGUACGCUGAACAAGAUCAAGACUAUGAAGAAUAUGAAGAAGAUAGUGAUUAUGACGAUGACGACGAUGACAACGCCGACGAUGAUGAUGAUGAUGAAGGCAAAGCUCCAGUGAUUUUCUCCGAGGUGGUAGAAUUCGAAUCAGAAGACCUUAAGAAGCUUCUUGAUAGACUAUACGACGAGGCCAAUGAGAAUUUGGGAAUGCCUUCGAUUUUCACGAUCGCCAGUACUUUGAAAGACGAAGGGGAGGAGUUAUUCAAAACAAAAGUCGAGGCGGCUCAGAAACAGUACGAUGAUGAAUUGUUAGCCAAAGAAAUGGAAGAACAAAAGAAGUUCCACGGGACCAAGGUCACGACAGAGAGUUUCAAUGGCUGGAGAGCCAGGUUCAGAAAAGAAAUGGGCUGGGAUACGAGAGAAUCAGAGCGGUUAAAGAAGUUGCAUGCUGGAAGAAUGACCGGUAAAGAAUUGUUUGAGAAGGGUCUUGGAGAAGACGGUGAUGAAGAUGAAGGAGAUGAAGAUCCACAACAGAAUUUGAAAGCGGCAGUGGAGAAGUUAAACGUAUAA